AUGAUUCUCCACUGGUUCCCACUAAACUUCCCUUUUUAUCCCACAACUCAACCCAUACCCCCCCUUCUUACAACCCCUUCCCCCUUUGAAACAUCAAUAGUCACCCUGUUGCACAUCCUACCCCAGCUUUCCACCACCCACCAUAUACCCUACUCUCGUAUCCUGUACAUAGUCAUUACACAAAGCUUAUUUAGAUCUUUUCCCUCAGUUGCGCUCGCUUCGCUUCUCUCGCGCGUUACGUAUCAACAAAAAAAUAAUCAGAGGUACCCACAGAGAAGAAGCCACUUGUAUAGAGCUAACAUUUGUGGGAAAAUAUUCGUAGUAGUGUCUGUAUCUUGUUGUAGCGCAUUUUCUGUUGAUAAAUUGAGACAAUAG